CUGCAGGUACGUCGCCUGCGCCUCCCCACUACAUUCCCAGCGCUAUCGCAAGUUUAUUCGUGCUCGAGCUGCAUCUUUCUCCUCCCCUCCUUUGCCAAACCCAAUCACAGUAGCUCGCAGAUAAGACCAAAACUGACCAUCUCCGAACUCCAUUCCAGGGCUGAUCACUGCCAUCUUCUCCCCCCGACCCCGAGAAUUAAAAAGUGCGGGGUUCCCAGCUCGUUUCCCCCUCGUGGCCAAACCACCUUCUCUUUUUUCCGUGAACUCUUCAUCAUUUCUACCACCGACAAACAAUCUUAUACCUGCGUGUGCAGUCUAGAGUAAGCAUCCUUACUAGUGGCAUCGACCGCGCGCCACUACUGCUUCGAUUCCCUGGUCCUCAACAAGGAUCACCGUCCCAACUGGCCCCCACCCCCGCCAAGAUGUCCCUCGCAGAGUCCCACCCCGACCACCCUCACGGGGUGACCAAACAACCCAACACAGAGAGCAUUCACGAACGAUCGCUCGACAGUCGGGAGGGUGAAAAUGACCUGGAGACGGGCAGUGAGCCCGAGUCUGAGGCUGACCUUGCCGAGAUCGAGCGCAUCUAUAGAAAGCUAGACUUCCGCAUCAUUCCCGCAUUCUGGGUGCUCUAUUUCCUCUGCGCGGCGGUACGCUCCAAUGUCGGCCUCGCGCAAACCAUGAACGAGAGCUCGGGUCAUGAUCUCGGCUCGGUGCUGAACAUGACGCCACACCAGAUCUCCACCGCUCUCGCACUGUUCUAUGUCUGCUAUGUGAUCUUCGACUUGCCCUCCAACCUGAUCAUGACCCGUCUGAGUCCCCACGUCUGGAUGAGUCGGAUUGUCAUUAGCGUGGGAAUCAUCGGGAGCUGCAUGACGGCUAUGAAAGCCGCCUGGAGUUUAUACCUCCUUCGUCUGCUCUUGGGUAUUGUCAUCGCGGGCAUGUGGCCCGGUAUGACCUACUACCUCACCCUGUUCUACCCUCCCUCCCGCACCGGCAAACGCAUCGGCCAGUACUACACGGCCGCGCAGGUCUCCGCCGCAGUCGUCGGUCUGGUCUCGGCCGGAUUCCAGAAGAUGGACGGCGAGCGCGGCCUGGUCGGGUUCCAAUGGAUGUUCCUGGUCUACGGGGUGAUCACGACCGCCGUCGGCUUCCUGCUCCUGUGGUGGCUGCCAGACCGGCCGCUCGCGCCGGGCGCGGAGCCCAAGACGUCCAAGUACCUGUGGUGGUUCCCCCGCAGCCCGCCGGCGUUGACCGGCCGCGACGCGGAGAUCCACUACCACGACCUCAAGCGCGUGUACCACCGCGCGCAGUGGACCUGGAAGGACCUGCUGAACGUGUUCCUGGACUGGCGCCUGUGGCCGCUGCUGAUCAUGUACUUUGGCGUCGUGGGCGUGGGCAUCGGCACGCAGAGUUACGCCACCGUCAUCAUCCAGAGCAUCAACCCGUCGCUGAACGGGAUUGAUCUCAGUCUCCUGACUGCCCCGAUCUGGAUUAUGGACCUAAUCGCCAUCCUCCUCGUCACCCCGAUAAGCGACCGCUUCCACCGCCACCGCUCCCUCUUCUUCUCCGUGCCGGUCCUCCUGCAGAUCCUGGGCCUGCUCCUAACGACCUACGCCGGCACGGCCACCAACUCCUGGCCGCGCUACGGCGGCCUCCUGAUUGUGGGCUUCGGCCUGGGCCCCACCGUCCCCAUCACCAUGACCUGGACGACCGAGAUCUUCCAGCCGCGCCACGGCGAGGUCGGCGUCGCCGCCGCCUCCGCCGUCGUCUCGGGUCUCGGCAACCUGGGUAGUAUCAUGACCACCUACGCCCUGUAUUCCGGCUGGAAGAGCGACUACGAGGCCACGGGCCGCGCCAAGUACCGCAAGAGCAACCUCGUCAUGGUCGGCAUCCUGUGCGCCAGUAUCCUGGCCGCCGUCACCAUGGAGGUGCUGCUGCGCGUGGUGGAUGGGAAGAAGAAUGGGAAUAAGGAAGGUGGGGCUGGUGCUGGUGGUGCGGUGGCCGCGGAUGGGGCGGCCAGGCGCGAGGCGCGGCAGAGGGGGCUGGAUGGGUUGGGGGCGGGGUUGUUCAAGGUCUUCAAGCGGGGUGGGUGA